CCUCAUAGUUCCUCAGUUCUUCAUUCAAUUGAAACAAUCUUCUCUCUCAAAAUGGCCCGAACCAAAGUGACAAAAAAGAAUCCAGAGCAACGCCACCAAUUAAGAAUGGAGAUGCUCUCAAAGUCAAUCAAAUCAAUAGCAUUCAAGAAACAACAGAUAAAAAAAAAAUUCCAAAAGGGUGAUGAAGUUGAAGUUGCAAGUCAACAAGAUGACUUCAUAGGUUCUUACUACGCAGCAACUAUUGUUUCUGCUGUCGGACCUUAUCAUUACAGAGUCAAGUACAAGACUCUGCUGACUGAUGACGAGUCUGAGCUGCUGGAGGAAGUUGUCACUAAAGGUGAGGUCCGCCCUGUGCCACCUAAUCAACGUGAAACAAUGCCAGAAAAUGGAUUCCGUCUAUACGAUAAGGUUGAUGUCUUUGCCAAUGAUGGAUGGUGGUUUGGAUUUAUCAGUGGCAAAACUGGAGAAGAGUACUAUGUCAACUUCCCUACAACUGGGGAUAACAUUGCAUACCCUCCUCAUGUGUUGAGAUUUCAUCAAGAAUGGUCUAAUGGCAAGUGGAUGUCUCUCCCCAAUACAAUGAAAGAAUAAUUUUUGAAUGUGACUUCUUAUUAAUCCAUGUUUAGUUGCAAAACUGUUAGGGGUCGUUUGGUUGGGAUAAAAGUUAGGUUGAAAUUAGUUAUGUAGGAAUAAAUUAUGUUAUGAUUAGUUAUGAGAGUAGUUUUUAUUGCUUGUUUGGUUGGUCAUAUUUAAAAUUAUAU